AUGGCGGUCUCCACAUAUCAAAGCUCAUACUGUGGCAUAGACCAAUGGACCGACAUUUUCUAUCAACCAGAGCCAGCGACGGCGUCAGCAAGCAAGGAUGCCGGGACUGCAGCGGCUUCUCUGUCGGAUCUGCCCGCUGGCUUGAGAAGACGCGCCGAGUUCUACCGGAGAGAGUUGAUUCUUCCUGACAAGAGCGCCCGGAGGCGUUCAUUCAGCUCACCUGUGAUGAGCAGGCCAAAACGACUAACACGACCCAUGUGCAAUUCGUACAACCCUUUCACUUCACGGGAGUUGCCGCGGGGCAAGUUCUGCGGAUUCCCGACGCCGAUUACAAGGAUGUUGCCAAAGCCUCCAGACCCUUUGGGCUUCACGUCCCAUGGACUCGUGCCGGAGGUCGCACAUCGAGAGUUUCGCGGCCGAGCAAGCAGCUUCCCGUCUGGAGGGUACCCGGUCAUGGGUGCACCCGUAAUCCACCAAAUCUCACAGACAGAGGAGAUCGGAUCCUCGGCCGUGGCCCGGCCAUUGCGUGAAAGGCUCCCGACCCGCUCAGCGCUCACUCCGGUCUCGGUGCCUCCUGGCAGGGCGGGCGCUCGCCAUGGGCUUCUUCAAGCUAGGCUGGAGAAGGGAAAGUCUCAGGAUGGCAUCGGCGGUCGCCAGGGAGAUCGAAAAGAAGGCGAACCUCUCUUGGAGUCCUCGCAGGCAGAAGGCUCCGAGCGCAAGAAGAGGGAGCCAGAAGGCAUGGGUGCAGCGAAGCCAGUGGCGGAAAGUCGCUCUGGGGCGGCAACGCGGGUCCAGGCUGGGCUUUCCGUGAACGACUUCAUCAGCAAGACGAAGAAUCAGCAGCGUCAGGGUUUGAAGCCCUCUGGGCCGGAGCUCAUAGCGUACGCCCGCUACUUGGGGAUCGACCCUGUCGCGGACCACGAUCUCUUGUGGAUAGCUGUAGAGGCCCUGGAAGCACCGCUUCCUUCCGACUGGACGGAGCAUUUCGACAGCAGUGACAGAGUGUUUUAUUACAAUGCGUCGACAAGAGUUAGCUCGUGGACGCAUCCGCUCGAGCACGUCUACCGAGAAACAUACAAGACCAUCGUGAACCUGCGCAACUCAAACAUGUCGGCGCAGGAACGAACGGAAGCCCUGUCAAAGCUACAGGCAGAGGUCCGACAGAUGGACCAGGAGACUCAGAAGGAGGUAGCAAAGUGGUCUGAACAUCAAGACGAGCAAGGCAACAGGUUCUAUUUCAACAAGGAGGAGAGACAAAGUACCUGGACAGAUCCACGGCCGGCCAAGUGCCAGGUCCUGUAUCUGAAGAUGAAGGCAUUCAGAAUACUGUCGAGUACAGCAGGAACGCCGGGGUUCGUGGAUCCCAGCAAGGAUUCCGCCAGCUCUCGGUAUGGUUCCAUGUUUGGUUCCGACUAUGCCGACACCCAGAUGAAGUCGAAGACGGACAAAAAGCCAUCCAGCGCCGCGAGCGACGAGGUCAUUGAUCUCUCCAGGGACGGACCUGAGGAGAAGACUUCGCCCAGGAUUUCAGAGCACUCUGCACAAAAUGGCAGCGACUCUGACAGCGACGACAGAAAGAAGAAGAAAAAGAAAAAGAAGGACAAGAAGGACAAAAAGAGCAAGAAAAUAAAGGAAGAGAAGCCCGUCCUCUCGCAGUCCGACCUUCCCGGGGCAAGGCCCCCAGCAGCUGCAACCUCAAGCAGCGCAACGGUCCCUGCGUCCAGCUCGGACGACAACGCAGGGUUCGGUGAGCAUAACGAGGGGAUGACCGGCAAGGGCCAUGUGAAGGUGAAGGCGGGCAUCCGCCUGGAACCGUUGGCUGGCGGCUUGAACCAAGGCAGCAGCCCCACUGCCAGCCCCGUGGCCAUGGACCGUCUGGAUGCCCGCGUUGGAGGUCUCCGUGGAGUUCCGUGA